CUAGUAUAUAAAAAACGGACAAAUCGUCAUGUCUUUGGGGUGUUGUGGAAAGUUUGUGAAAUUUUAUUUUAUUUUUUCAAAUGUAUGAUUUAUGAAACGUAUACAUUUACAAUGGUUUAGGAGACAUCUAGUAUAUAAAGAACGGACAAACGUGAUGUCUUUGUGGUGUUGUGGAAAGUUAGUGAAAUUGUAUUUCAUUUUUUCAAACGUAUUAUUGAAACGUACAUUUACAAUGGUUUAGGAGACAUCUGGCAACUGUCAUGUAUUGACAUUCAUCCCGGUGUUUUGCAAGAAACGAUUUUAUCUGGGCCAAGCUGAAUGUGAAACAAAGGUGUUAAAACUGGGGUAGCGGCCACAAUGUCACGUGACCGCUGGAGAAUAGGGGCUGUCCCACUCUGCUUUCUCUUCAUACUUCAGACUGUGUGGGCGACGGGCGCACACGGGCCUGAAGCGCAACAGUGGAAAUGGGGCGGAAAACAGGGAAAAGCACAACUGAAUUACCGGGAGAAGGAGAAGGACAUUCUAGAUGAGCUUUUUCAGACAGGACGGUACGACAAGCGCAUUCGCCCGUCAGGAGUCAACGGAACAGAGAACAACCCCACCUUAGUUGACGUAAACUUGAUGCUUCGUUCCAUCAGCAAAAUUGACGAUUAUAACAUGGAAUACAGCGUCCAGCUAACUUUUCGCGAGGAGUGGGAAGAUGAACGACUGGCCUUCGAUGAUCUUGGAGGUCGGAUAAAAUAUUUAACGUUGACGGAGACCAACAAAGUGUGGAUGCCUGACCUGUUCUUCAAGAACGAGAAGUUGGGUCACUUCCACGACAUCAUCUUGCCAAACGUCUACCUCAGAAUCUUCCCCAACGGAGACGUUCUCUAUAGCAUCAGAAUUUCAUUAACGCUAUCAUGUCCCAUGAACCUGCAACUCUAUCCUCUAGACACACAGACUUGUGAGCUGCUGUUGGCAAGUUAUGGCUGGACGACAGACGACCUUGUGUUCCUAUGGCGCAAAGGAGAUCCCGUCCAGGUGACUCAGAACCUUCACCUGCCGAGAUUCACUCUCGAAAAGUUCUUCACAGAUUAUUGCAACAGCAAGACGAAUACAGGUGCAUAUUCUUGCUUGAAAGUCGACCUCCUGUUCAAGCGGGAGUUCUCCUACUACCUGCUGACCAUCUACAUCCCCUGCUGCAUGUUGGUCAUCGUGUCCUGGGUGUCUUUUUGGCUGGAUCAGAACGCCGUACCCGCCAGAGUGUCCUUAGGGGUCACCACCCUCUUGACGAUGGCCACUCAGACGUCCGGCAUCAACCAGUCCCUGCCGCCUGUUUCUUACACGAAGGCCAUUGACGUCUGGACGGGCGUAUGUCUGACCUUCGUCUUCGGCGCCCUGCUGGAGUUCGCCUUGGUCAACUAUGCCUCCAGAUCGGACAUCCAUCGGGAGCAGAUGAAGAAGCAGCGACGCCAGUGGGAGUUCGAGCAUCAGGCAGCACUGGAGGCUGAUCACCUGGAAGCGGAUGGGGCCGCUACGUUUGCCAUGAAGCCCCUGAUGAGGACCCACGGUGAUGGUCUCUCCCUGGAUAAGGCUCGGCAGUGCGAGAUCCACAUGCAGCCCCCUCCGCCGAGACGUUGCUGCGGGUCCUGGCUCUCCAAGUUCCCCAGCAGGAGUAAAAGGAUUGACGUCAUCUCGAGGAUCACCUUCCCGCUGGUCUUCGCGCUCUUCAACGUGGUCUACUGGAGCACCUACUUGUUCCGCGAGGAGGAGGAGGACAUCCCGUAGACGGAGAGAGAGAGAGAGAUAUAGAGAGGUUGGGGAGAGCGAAGAGAAAAAAGACAGACAGACAGACACACACAUCCGGCAGUGUCAUUCAUGUAGAUAUAUAACUCAUCAAGAGGUGGAUUACCUUAUAAGGAACUCGUUUCGCCAAGAAGUCUCACGUCUUCGCUUCUUCUUCCUAUUUUUUUUCUCGAAACGAAAAUCUUCUUUGGAAAAAGAAACAGAACAAUUUAUAUUGUGCCACGAAACCCACGAAUACCGAAAGUUUCCCUGGACGAAACGAGGAUUUUUACGUACGUAGUAGUUUCAUAACUAUGUUUUGAAUUACAAGUAGCUAUAUUUGUAUAUCGUUGACUCCAUUUGCAGACGAUAACAGACAACACUUGCGCAUCUCUCACGUUAGUGACUCAGACGAAGAUAAUAAUGAUGCCUUGCCAACAAAGAGGUUUAUUUCGAGGAAAAUUCACUUUGUCCACAGUUCUCUUGAAAUAGUGGAGGCUAAAUGGUUCAAGAGGUAUGAAGGAGAACGCAGAGCGUGUCUCCAUUGUGAAGUGUUUAACUAAAGGCUGCUUGAUCUGGUGGAAGGGAAUCAGAAAACAGUGUUUGCAGUAUUUCGUAUGUAUGAUUAGCAUUCCAGUUAAUUACUCUUAUGAAAUAUGGUACGUGGUUUAGUAACGCGAUUUGCCCUUCAGUUACCAAAUGUGCUGUAUAUGUAUCAUAUGGAUAAGUUUUAUAUCGCUGCAUCGCAGGCUACGUACUUAUAUGUUCUGUGUAUACGAAUGCAUACAUACAUGGAUGCAUCUAAUGGCAUACAUGUAUGUAUGUACAGAAAGACUGUAUUUCAGUUGUAGAAUAUAUAUGUUGUUUUUUGUGAUUUGGCAUAAUAAUCGAUUAAAAAUAACAGGUGUUUGUGAAAGAAUAGCGUCUUAGGUUUACUUUUGAGGAACAAGUUUUCUGUGUCGACGGUUGUGAGGAGAUGAGAGGAUUGGUAAUGGCUGUCCACAAGUCAACUUGGAUUGUCUUCACUUAAACGCUGUAGCCUACCUUUUCCUUCCUUUGGUGAUUAACAUCACUCUUUUUCAGCAAAAGCCUUUCACAUAAUGAAUCUUGUCAAGGCAGUUUGUAUUUCCAGAACAUGAUUAACGAAGACAAAGGAGUUCGCUGGGACUUCUUCCUCUUCAAUCUGUUUGUUUUCCAAGUACAAAAAUGUCAGACUUUGAGUUGAGCUCCUUAUCCCGGUGACGAAUCAGUUGUUAGCAGCAAUACAAAGUCUUUAAAAUGUAAGAUUGCAUGCUGUCAUCAUGCACAAGCUUUAUGGAACGACGACUAAAGCAUUGUCACCUGACAAUAACAGAUAUCAGAUGGUUCACGAAACACUCUCAGCGUUAGGAAAGUUUACUUUCGUUUCUGUAAUGACUUGAAGUGGCCUGAGCAGUAAAGGAUUAUUAUUGUAUUCAUUGCUCACUUAGGAUAUACGAUACAAGCCCGUUGUGUUUUUCCAGAUCUGGAUAUGGUCUUUCUCAGAGUGUUCUUUUUUUGACAUGAUGGGUCGCUAAAACUUGUAGAAAGGAACGCAUUAAAAAAAAUAAAAACCAAUACAUUUCAUCCGUAAGAAUAUGUAUACAAAAAAUAAACGUGUCUGUGUUGUUUUAGUAUUACUGAUUAUGUAAGUGUAAGACAAACAUGAUAAUUUUCAUAUGAAGGUGCGUUGACUUGUAAAAAUCUCAUGUGUAGGGCUUUAUGACCAUAAUGCUUCAAUGUGAUAAGUUUCUUUGUUCGAGCAUAGCGUUAAGACUUGAUUUGAUUCAAACUAGAAAGAGAUGGUUUAGUAAUGAACGGGAUGACUAAGAGGAAGUUUGAGGCAUUCAGGCUCCCCCAGUUUCAGAUCAUCAGCAGAGACAGUCUAGGUCGAGCCUUCUUUUAUCCUUCUUCUCCUGGAUUGAGAUGAUAAUGAUGAUAUUGACGAGGCACCUUUAGUGAAUAAACCUAUCAAGUGAUAAUUGUCCAUAAAAGAUAAUGAUGAAAGUCCAUACAUAUGUCUAUAUAUGUAAUUAGAUAUAUAUAUAUAUAUAUAUAUAUAUAUAUAUAUAUAUAG